AUGAUAGAGAAACUUGGCCGGGCUCAGUCGCAGAACGCUGAGGGCUUGCCAUCGCCGCCAGUGGCACGAGUCCUGGGUGGGAGCAGGCCCAAUUUUGACACCCCGUUCUCCAAGGCCUGCAGUAUAGGAACACGGAAACCAUUGCCAAAUCCUCCAAAGUACGAUGGCUCGCGGAAGAGCUAUGCUCUUGAACUCGACGUACACUACCACAGCGAGAACUGCGAACUCUGGUACCUCGUCAACUCAUGCCUGGAUGAACGACCGCAACAGGUGAUUGCCACAUUCUACGCAGCGGGAGGCCCCGGGAGUACCUGUGACCCGCAGGAGUUCAUGCGAUAUCUCGACCGAACCUCCCAGGAUAGCAACAUCCAAUCUCGCGCUGCUGCUUCACUGAGAACCAUGAGCCAGCGCGACGACCAGUCUCUUGCUUCCUUCUUGCGCCGAUUCGAGCAAGCCUUAGCCGAAGCCGGGGGAGCAGACUCGUCAGACAACGCGAAGAUUGUAUUCCUAGAAACCGCGAUAAAUACGCGGCUUCAACACAGUCUGGUCACAUCCAUCCUUCUCGAGGACUACCAAGGUUGGCUUGCGAGGGUCCAAGAAAUUGCGGGCAGAUUGGAGAGACUUAAGUCCGUCAAGCUCCCCGCCCGCCAUCCCAUCUCUUUGGCAGUGGAGGAGCAGCCCUCAGGUCACGGAGCCCACAGUAUGUGGUUACACAUUGCUAAGCGGAUUAAAGUUGAAAAAGCGGAAACGAAGCAAUCUACAGACACCACGCUGCCUCGAGCAUCGACGAGGCUGGCGAGACAUCUUUGA